GCAACAACUAUCAGUUGCGCGCGCACGCGUCACAGCGGCGGGUGGUCGUCGUCGUCGUCGUCGCGUGUGCAACGCGGUCAAAACAAAGCGGCGGCGCGCACGGGAGCGAGCAUAGUCGCGUGCUUCAUGAAUGAGUCCGACGCCGCCGCCGUCGUCGUCAUCAUCAUCAUCAUCGUUUACCGGAAUUACCACCGGAGCCUCCAUCCGCCGGAUGCCCGGCCGGGAGCUCACAUCGUCGGCUAGCCAGAGCAGAGGCGUCCCCCGGAUGAGAAGCGACCUUGCGUCGGCGCCACAGCAACCGGAACCGGGCGACAGGAAGACGGAACGAUGCUGGAUGGACUCAGGCGAAGGCACGCCUCCCGCUCCUCCCCCCGGCCCCUCUCCCUCAACUUCAGCACCUUCUCGGCCCCUCCCCCGAGCCCGGACUUGGACAGCAGCAAUGAGCAUCCAAUCAGGAGGACUCUGCACCGGCUCAAGCUGAUGAGCUCGCCCAGCCUCAGCGACCUGGGCAAGAGCGAGAAGGGGUCACCGGAGGACAGGGGGGAGAAGCAGAAGCGGGCCGGCGCCAACGCCACCUGGAACAGUAUCCACAACGCCGUCAUCGCAGUCUUCCAGAAGAAAGGUUUGGCUGACAACGAACUUUACGCUCUAAACGAAGGCGUCAGGCACCUGCUGAAGACCGAGCUGGGGUCCUUCUUCACGGAGUACCUUCAGAACCAGCUGCUGACAAAAGGCAUGGUCAUCCUGAGGGACAAGAUAAGGUUCUACGAAGGCCAGAAGUUGCUGGACUCUCUGGCGGAGACGUGGGACUUCUUCUUCUGCGACGUGCUCUCCAUGCUGCAGGCCAUCUUCCACCCGGUGCAGGGUAAGGAGCCCUCGGUCCGUCAGCUGGCCCUGCUCCACUUCCGGAGCACCAUCGUCCUGAGCGUGAAGCUGGAGGACGCCUUGUCUCGACCCCGAGCCAGAGUGCCGCCGUCUGUCACGCAGAUGCUGCUCGUCCUGCAGGGAGUCCACGAGUCGCGUGGCGUAAACGAGGACUACCUGAGGCUGGAAUCCCUGGUCCAGAAAGUGGUCUCUCCCUACCUGGGCACCCACGGACUUUACUCCGGAGACCAGAGCGAGGACCACUGCUGUGUUCUGGAGAGGCGCCUCCAGUGGGGCUGGUCCAAGUCUGCCGAGCAGCUGUCCAAGAACCCGGUGGUACGGUCCAAGAGCUACAACAUCCCUCUGCUGCUGACCCCGGUGGCAGAGUACGACCCCGACGGCGGCGCCGCCGGCAGCGGCGGGAUCCGCCGUCACUCGGCCUGUGAGAUGAUUUCCUGUCUGGAGGAGCAAACGUUGACCUACGCCGAGCUCGCCGGCUCCGCCUCCAACAGGCUCUGCGUGGGCUCGCAGUAUAAAGGCGCCGCCUCCUCCGACCUGCCGCUGUCCUCGCCGUCCAUCCUCGCGCUGCGCUCGUCCGGAGCGCUGCACGGCACCGAGGCCACGACCACCAUGACCGACCUGGGCAAGGCGGCGUCCUGCACGCCGCCCAGCGAGUCGUCCAGCCCAGACACCAUCAUCGGACAGGUGCUCGAGUCCACCGACUCCGACUCAGACGGGAUAUUUAUUGAUUUUCCUUCUCGUUCCUCGGAGGCUCUGGGCUACGCUCGCGAAGGCAGGCAGAGCACCGUGUAGCUAAACCACACACACACACACACACACACACACACACACACACACACACACACACACACACACACACACACUUGUAUUUCUUACCUUCUUGGGACCUCCGAAAAAUGCCUCCCUCUUUAGGACCAGCCUUUCUAGAUAUAUAAAGAUGUGUAUUUACAACAUUAAUAAUAUAUACAUACUAUGCAAAUACAAAAAAGCUUGUUGUGAAAAAUGAGUUGGAAAAAGGUCACAAUUUCACAAGAAAAACUUAGAAAUUUGGCAGUAUUAUAAUAAAAGUCCUAAUUUUACUCAACGCAAGUCAAGAUUUUACAAGAAAAACUGAACAAUUGUGCAAUGCUAUGAUAAAAGUUGGA